CGCAAGGAGUGAUUACUUCAGUUUCCUUUACAUUUCCUUUUUUUGAGAAGAAAAAAAUGAAAAUUUUAUUCAGCGUGAGUCUCUUUGUACUGUUUCUAAACGAGUGCAAUGGUUAUGGGUGUGUUGAUGAUGGAUGCGUUAAUAGUGGGUGCUUUGGAAUAUCGAAGGAAAAAUUUAACGUCGAUAACUUUAACUAUACUGGAGAUCCCGUCACAUUCGCUUGUAUUGGUCGGUUACUUCAAAAAGAAUUCUAUAUAACUGAGGUGAACGUCAGUAUACCAUCACAUUUGAUCGAUAGAUUAAACAAUACCAAAGGCAUAUCACUGCUAUUUUAUGGCAUUGGAAAUAAAAUUACUUUGAAAAAUGGACUUCUUUAUAAGUUUGCAAAAGAAUGGUUCAUCAAAUCCAAAAGGAACAUUUGCAUUAUAUCGUAUGCCUUUAAAAAAGGUUCACCGCUCGGAAUUGUUGGUGAUUUGAAUAAAAUGGUGACAACCAAGCGGCUUGAGUUUGUGGCAAAACUGGCGCGAGACUUGGUGUUAGGCGUACGAGCGAAAAGUCCGAAAUUGAAUGGAAAACCGAGUCUAAGAAUGUCACAAAUUGAUGUGAGCGGCUUUAGUUUUGGCGCUCAUGUCGCUGGACGAACAUGUCAAUAUUUGAAAGAGAAAACGAAGGAACAAGCUCGAAUGUUAUUGGCUUUGGAUCCAUCAAGAACACCCCCCUUAUUAGCGGCCAAGCCAUUGAAUACAAUCCAAAAAGGGCACGCAAAAUAUGUUCAAGUGAUACACACCUCAAAAGUGGCAGGAGUUUGGGAUAAACUGGGUGACAUUGACAUUUAUGCAGAUAUUAAGCAGAAAUCUUGGCAAAAGGAUAAAUCAUUGCUGGAUACAAUAAGCGAUAGUCAUGGAUUGGCCUUUUUCAUUCAUGUUGCCACGGCAACCAAACGUCUUUUCUUAAUUGCCAAUCAAAAUCGAACUCCAACAAUUAUAGAACGAAAUUUACCAAUACCAUUUACUGAGCCAACGCUAAAAGAAAACGAAGUUUUAAUUGGCGUGUACAGCACUCUAAAUCCAAAAAUUCAGGGUAAAAAGUUUGAAAUUUCAUUCAAAAAUAAAACCAAUGAUUUGUGGGAAGCACUUGGUCAGCUGUCCAGCGACAAAAUCUUCUUUGAACAAUCCAAACCGGUAUUAACGGACGAUAUGAUGGAGCUCGUGAAAAAUAAUCAAAAUGAAAUCGAUCCAAAUACAACUGAAUAAAGUACAAACGCAAUAAAAAUUGAUGAAUAAUUUU